CAUCUUGCCCGGCCGUGACCUAGGCCCUGUGGCCGGGCACCGGCCGCAAUGAACUCUUUGCCCUGUCCCCUUCCUGGCCGUGGCGCCUCUAAAGUUGUCUUCCCGGACCUUGCCCCCGCCCCAUCGGUGGUGGCUGCUUACCCGCUUAGCCUAUCCCCCGGAACCGCAGCUUCCCUGGAUUUGUCCCACUCUCAGCCGAAUGGCCACCUUCUGUCCUAUUCUUACCCUGGGCCAGCAACCCCAAGAGACUCCUACCUGUCCAAUCAGCAACUCUCAGCGCCGCCAUCUCAGCCUUUCUACCAGCCGGCUGAACACCGGCAGAAACUCGAAGCAGAAUCAGGGAACCCAGUGCUGUCUCUGGAGCCCUCCCAGCAGCCCCUGACCAAGAAGCCCCGGAAGCUUAGAACCAUCUACUCCAGCCUGCAUCUGCAACACCUGAACCAGCGGUUCCAGCAUAUGCAGUACCUGGCCCUGCCUGAGAGAGCUCAGCUGGCAACGCGGCUUGGACUCACCCAAACUCAGGUAAAGAUCUGGUUUCAGAACAAACACUCCAAAUACAAGAAGCUCCUGGGACAGGGCUCCUCUGGGGAAGAGGAUUUCUCCGGAAGAUCCUCCUCCUUGUCUCCCUGCUCCCCAACCCUUCCAUUCAUCUGGGAUCUACCCAAAGCUACCCUGCCUACCGCUGGCUAUGACAACAGCUUUGGAGCCUGGUAUCAGCAUCACUCCCCAGAUGUGCUGGCACUCCCUCAGAUGAUGUGAGUCUGGAGGAAGGCCGGUCAGGCUCCAGCCCUCCUGUCAAGCUCAGGACCACGCACCUGCUCCCCUUCUGGGAGAAGAGGAAACUGGCUCCAGAUGGAUUUUCUCAGAAGACAAGAUGCUAAAGG